ACAAAUACACAUAUUUUUUAACUGUUUGACAACCCUAUUGCGAUAGCGCAGAGCCAACUUGCUUGUGUUAUUUUGCUUGCGUGCAACGGUCACACCCGGAAAAUGUUCUGUUUUGUUAUUUUAAUGGACCAGCUUAGCUGGUGGUGUGCAAUUAUAUGUUAUUUAUUCAAUUCGCUUGUGUGUCGCUUAGAAUGUGCUAGAACAAUGUGAACACUGCGAAGAGUGCGCCCCAUUGCAGCCGGAGCAUCGAUAUAAUUAAGUUAAAGUGCAAUAUUUACGCAUACACUAACUAAAAAAUAAGGACGACGAUUUGUUAAAAAUAAACGACGAGCUUAAUACCAAUAUGGAUUUUGAAACGAGAGUUCCGCAAUACAACUACAAGGACAUUUUGUUCGUGUUCUUUGACAAUUUCGUCGAGGAUUUCGACUGCAAGGAUGUCCAGGACAUGCUGCUACGAGUGUUUUCCAAAGAGGAAAUUGACCACAUCAUCAACUCCAAGGAUGCAGACACCGCCACUCUUCGCUUAUUUUGGGCACUGCUCUCUAAACAGGAGAAAACAGUACAAAUCUUUGUGGAGGACGUUCUCAAUGGUGGUGAUUCGGCCAACUACGCAUUUUUAAUGGAUGCUAUCAAGGAUGAGCUUCGGCAGCCAAGGUUGAAGACAAGGAUGUACGUCGAGCAGCGAGAUCGUCUUUACAAUGACAACCAAGUGUUUGCAAAGUACAAUGUGAACCGCCUGCACCCGUAUAUGAAACUAACGCAGGCUCUGCUAGAACUUCGUCCAUCAAAAAAUGUAUUGAUCUAUGGCGCCUUGGGAUCGGGAAAGCAUUGGGUAGCCUUGGACGUGUGCCUAUCGUACAAAGUGCAACGCGAGAUGGACUUUAAAAUCUUCUGGCUGAACUUAAAGAACUGCAAUAGCCUUGAGACCGUGCUAGAGAUGCUGCAGAAAUUACUUCACCAAAUGGAUCCAAACUGGACCACUCGUAGCGAUCACAGCAGUAACAUAAAGCUUCGAAUCCACAGCAUUCAGGCGGAACUGCGACGACUACUUAAGAGCAAGCCAUAUGAGAAUUGUCUCCUUGUACUGCUUAAUGUGCAAAAUGCCAAAGCUUGGAAUGCCUUCAACUUGAGCUGCAAGAUAUUGCUGACCACAAGGUUCAAACAGGUCACUGACUUUCUCUCGGGAGCUACCACAACUCACAUUUCAUUGGAUCAUCAUUCGAUGACGCUAACGCCGGAUGAGGUUAAGUCUUUGUUUCUAAAAUACCUCCACUGCCGACCACAGGAUUUGCCUCGUGAAGUUUUGACAACGAAUCCCCGCAGACUAAGCAUUAUUGCUGAGAGCAUACGGGAUGGUCUGGCGACUUGGGACAACUGGAAACACGUAAAUUGCGAUAAGCUGAAGACUAUCAUUGAGAGCUCCAUUAACGUUCUGGAGCCCGCUGAAUAUAGAAAAAUGUUUAAUAGACUGUCCAUUUUCCCUGCCUCAGCCCACAUACCCAUUAAUCUCCUAUCGCUGAUAUGGUUUGAUGACAAAUCCGAUGGCGACGAUGCAAUGGUGGUGGUUAACAAGCUUCAUAAAUAUUCCUUGGUGGAAAAGCAACCGAAGGAGUCAACCAUAAGUAUACCCAGCAUAUACUCGGAGUUGAAAGUCAAGGUUGGAGACGAAUCUGCACUUCAUCGGAGGAUCGUUGAUCGCUAUAACAUCCCAAAAGCGUUCGAUCACGACGACUUAAUACUGCCUUUUCUGGAUAAAUACUUCUAUAGCCACAUCGGUCAUCAUCUGCAAACAAUUGAGCCCACCGAACGGGUGACUCUCUUUCGCAUGGUCUUUUUAGAUUUCCGUUUUCUAGAACAAAAGAUUCGCCACGAUUCAACUGCUUGGAAUGCCAGCGGAUCGAUCUUGAACACGCUGCAGCAGCUGAAGUUCUACAAGCCAUAUAUCUGUGACAAUGACCCGAAGUAUGAGCACUUGGUAAACGCCAUUCUGGAUUUCUUGCCAAAGAUUGAGGAGAAUCUUAUUUGUUCAAAGUUUAUGGACCUGCUUAGGAUUGCCCUGAUGGCCGAGGAUGAGGCGAUUUUUGAAGAAGCCCACAAGCAAGUUCAGCGAUUUGGCGAUCGAGUUUGGUUUACCGAACAUGGUCGUUUCCACCAGCACCGCCAGAUAAUAAACCUGGGCAAUAAUGAGGUGCGCCAUGCUGUCUACCUUGACAACGACUUUUGCUUGCUGGCGCUGAGCAGCAAGCAGCUUCUGCUAACCGAUGUUUCGCUAGAGGGAGAGGAUACCUAUUUGCUAAGGGACGAAAGCGACAGCAGUGACAUUCUACGUAUGGCGGUGUUCAACCACCAGAAGCACUUAAUCACCUUGCACAGCAACGGCAGCGUAAAACUUUGGUCGCUGUGGCCCGAUUGUCCAGAAAGGCGCCAUAGUGGUGGUAGCAGGCAGCGUGUGCGUCCUCCCGCCUCCGCUCAUCUUCGAAAGCCCACGGGCACGCGCAGCUAUCAGCAGUUAGUCAACAGUGUGGUCAAACGCUUUAUUGGCAGCUAUGUAAAUCAGAAAAUUGUGGCUUUCUAUUUGGAUGAAGACGCCAGAUUGCCAGAGACCAAAAUCCAAUUGCAUGUGGCAUUCAGCAAUGGUGAUGUGAGCAUUUUGAAUUGGGACGACCAAGAUCUGGUGUUCAAACUCUCGCAAACGCCUAUUUUAAAAACGAUGCAGUCGGAAAUUCGCUGUUUGGUUCAGGUUUUGAAGCGAUAUUACGUGGUCUGCACCUCCGAUUGCACACUUACUGUAUGGGAUUUAAAAAAUGGUUCCGGCGACAAGCCGGAACUACAAGGUUUUGAUGUUGAUAACGACACUCCAUUGGCCUUAGAAGUAUUUGGCGAAAAGACUCAGACCUCCACCGUAUUGCUGAUUUUUAAGUACAGCGUAUGGCGGCUCAACUUUAUGCCAGGUCCGUCAGUUAGCUUGCAGUCGGAGCCAGUGCAACUGCCAGAGGGAAGUUUUAUCACCUGCGGAAAGCGUUCGACUGAGGGACACUACCUACUUCUUGGUACAUCGGAGGGACUUAUUGUGUAUGAUCUUAGAAUCUCUGAUCCCGUACUACGCAGCAAUGUCAGCGAACAUAUAGAAUGUGUGGAUAUCUACGAUCUAAUUGACCCUGUCUAUAAGUACAUUGUUUUGUGUGGCGCUAAGGGAAAGCAGGUGGUUCAUGUGCAUACAUUGCGCUCUGUAAGCGGAUCGAACUCACAUCAAAACAGGGAAAUCACCUGGGUUCACAGUGCAGAUGAGAAAAGCGUUAUGACAAAGGCUUGCCUAGAGCCCAAUGUUUAUCUGCGUUCUCUCAUGGACAUGACCAGAGAGCGGACGCAACUUCUGGCUGUGGACUCCAAAGAGCGCAUUCACCUAAUUGAAACUGCCACCAAUCCAAGAGCUCGAAGGAGAUCUAGCAUUUCGGCAUGGUCUACAAUCACACCCACUCAUGCUGCCAGUAACUGUAAGAUAAAUGCCAUAUCCGCCUUCACCGAAGAACAGAUAUUCGUGGGAUAUGUGGACGGGGUGAUAAUAGACGUUAACCUGGAUGCAGCUCUACCUCAGCAGUUUAUAACGGGGCCCAUUGAUUACCUCAAGCAGGUCAGUCCAAACUUUCUGGUGGCGUCGGCACACAGUGCCCAAAAGACUGUGAUAUUCCAGCUUAGAAAGACAGAUUCGCUGCAGCCCAAUUGCCAGUGGCCAUUGCAGCUGGAUGUAAGCACCAAGUACGCGUCCUUACAGGAAGGAAAGUAUAUCAUUUUGUUUUCCGACCAUGGAGUCUGGCAUUUGGAUAUAGCUAACCCAUCUGCAUUCGUGAAACCUGAGGAAUCGGAGGAAUCCAUUGUUGGCUUUGAUUUAAAGAAUAGUCUUCUUUUUCUGGCCUACGGAAACAACACCAUUGAGGUAUUUCGUUUAAUAUUCAGCUGUAACCAGCUAAGGUACGAACCGGUCUGCGAAGAGGAGAUCGCCCAGAAGGCCAAGAUCAGUUAUUUGGUAGCAACGGAUGAUGGUACCAUGUUCGCAUUGGGUUUUGAAAAUGGCAUUUUAGAGAUCUUUGGCGUAGAAAACCGACAAGUGCAACUGAUCUACAGCAUUCAAGAGGUCCAUGAGCACUGCAUCCGGCAAUUGCGAUUCUCGCCCUGCAAGCAGCUCCUGGUAAGCUGCGCUGAGCAGCUGUGCUUCUGGAACGUAACGCACAUGCGCAACAAUCAAAUGGAGCGCGAGCAAAUACAGCGACGCAGUCGACGCCACAAGCAGCACAGUGUUACACAAGAGGAUGCUGUGGAUGCGGCGCCCAUUGCACCGGACAUCGAUUUAGAUCUCACAUUUGUUGCCCACGAAUUUCAACCUGGUAACCGAGAGACGGCGGAACUGUGGCGGAAUAAGCGCGGAAAUGCCAUACUUCCGGAACUCUUGGCCUGCAUUAAAUUUGUGGGAAAUGAAGCGCGUCAGUUCUUUACAGAUGCCCAGUUCUCCCACUUUUAUGCCAUUGAUGACGAGGGUGUCUACUACCAUCUGCAGUUGCUGGAAUUGAGUAGACUUCAACCUCCACCUGACCCAGAUCCAGGGGAGGUUGCCGAUCAAUAUGAAGACAUAAAAAAUCUCCGAAUCCUGGAUAGCCCGCUAAUGCAGGAUCCGGAUAACGAGGGUGCCGAUGUGGUCGGCAACCUGGUUCUGGAGAAGAACAGAAGAGUGGCGGCAGCGAAACCAAUUUUGGAGGAGGCCAGCUCAUGACGCCAGAAGUACGCCCCUUGGCGGCGCACGAUACAGGAAAGUCCAAACUACAAC